AUGGAUUUUAUUUUUCCUUGCCAUGUGCUUGAUAUUGUAGUUAAAUUUUAUAAAAUGUCUAUCUUAUAUUUUAAAAAAACACGGGUUUUUUCAAUUCUACUUCAAUGGAUGUUAUUGUUUUUGUUAUCUAUACCUUGUGAAUGUAAUUUUAAUAAUGAUCCAAAUGUAGAGAGAAAUGUAACGGUUUCUAACAAUGACUAUGAAGAAUCAUCCUGGAAGUCAUUAAAGACCAAAUUUGUUAAUAUUUAUAGAAAUCAAGAUGAGUAUUUACGUCUUGUGGAAUUAAAUCCUUGUUAUGAUUUUGGAUGUUUAUGUGUAAACACUUCUACUACUAUAAUAUGUGAAAAUAGUAAUUUUGAUGAUUUACUAUAUAGCAAUUUAACAAAAUUUUCACCUAAAAAUAUAAUACUUCGUCAUGUUUCUAUAUAUCAUCUUAACUUUACAAUGUUUUUCGAAAAAUUUCCAAGUGUUAGAAUUCUUAGCAUGGAACAUUGUAGAAUUCGUGAUUUUGUUAUUAAUGAGGGAAAAUUUUUGAUAAGAGAAUUAUAUAUGGAUCAUAACUAUCUAUCUAAUUUUGAUAAUAUUUGUUUAAUUUUGGAACGGUUUUCAAGUUUAAAAAUUUUAUCUUUUAAUUUUAAUCACUUUAAAGUUAUAAAUGAAUGUUCAAAUGUAAUGUAUAGCAAUUUAAGAAAUUUAUCUUUAACAAAUAAUGAGAUUACAUCCAUUAUAAGUGUUCCAACUGUAAGACUCCAGUACUUAAAUAUUUCAAAUAAUAUGAUAUCAUCAAUUCCAGCAAAAAUUUUUGAAUCAAAAUUACUGGAAUUAAGCAUAUCAAAUAAUCCUAUUACUAAACUUCCAAUAAUAAAUGCAAAAACAUUAAAACAUUUAGAAGCAAAUAAUUUGGAUAUCGAUGAAAUAUUUUUUAAAGAUGGAUCUAAGCUUGAAUUUUUAGCACUAGAAAAUUCUCACAUUUAUACAUUUAAUUUUACUGAGAAAAAAUUAAAAUCCUUAAAUUAUUUAAGUUUAUUAAAUUCUCAUUGGUUAUCAAUAAUUGAUGGAGAAGCUCCAGUAACAUUGAAAGUAUUGAAAUUAUCAAAUUCUUUAGUAACAAAGUUUCCAGAUAAUUUUUUUAAAAAUACAGUAAACAUAACUCUUGUAUUAAAGGAUUCUACUUUUUCAUGUGAUAAAUGUUUUCUUCAAUGGACCAAAAAACUUUCUAACUUUGAUUACAACUUAAUUGGUUGUAAAGAAAUAAAACUUCAUGCAAUUUGUGAUAUUGUUAUUGACAAUUCAAUGCUUCCAAAAUAUAAAAAUACAACAAUUUUAAGAGAAAAACUUGGUCAAAAAAAAGUAUUACCAUGCAAUUUUGCGGGAAAUUCAAUUGAAAAAAUUGAAUGGAAAUUGGUUCAUCCUGAAACUUUGAUUGGAAGUGUUGAUAUGAAAAAUAUUGGAAAUCCUGUUACUAUAUUCAAACCAGAUCAUUAUCAAAUUCUGCCAGGUGGAGCAUUAUUAUUAAAAGAUAUAUCACAAGAAAUGAUUGAAAGAUAUACAUGCACUGUUUUUAGUAAAACAAAAAAUACCUCUUCAACAAUAAGUUUUAGACUUGAUUUUUCUCAAUGGUAUAGUACAAAUAUCUUUGAUUCUGUCUUUUGGGGAGCAUGUUUUUGUAGCCUUAUGACUUGUCUUGCAUCGUUUAUUUUUAAUAUAACAUGGAUUAUACUAAAAAAUAUUGCUUUAUGGUGGUUGAAUAGAGCUGAAAGAUUGAGUAGAGUUAAAGGGAUGGUUGAUGCAAUUGAAAGAUAUAGACAAAAGCAAUUAGAGCGUAUUCAAGAUAGUUAUCAUAGAAAUAUUGAAGCUAUUAGAGAAAAUUAUAAUGCUCAAAGAGAACAAUUAACAAUGUCAUACAGUAAUCAAAUGAAAAAAUUUAGUGACUAUAGGCAACAACGUAUAGAAAAUAUACAUGAGCACAUUGAAGGAAUAAGAGAACAAUAUAAUCAACAAAUUCAACGAAUAAAAGAGUUUGGUUCAAAACGAGCAGAACAACUUUGUGAUAGUUAUGAACAACAAUUAAUACGUGUUAAAACUUUUACCUUGCAAAACAGACUUAAGUUAAUUAGACAAUAUAAAGUGAAACAAAAAGUGAUAAACAAGUUACUAGAAAGAUACAAUGAUAAUUCAGGUGAUUUAAAUGAAGCAGAUAAAGAAGCAGAAAUUCGUAGAGUUUUAAAUUUAAAUGGAUUAGAUUUGGAGACGAAUGAGGCAUUACUUGAUAGAUCACCAAGUUAUUAUUCAUUACCAGAAUUUGGAACUGAUGAAAAUAUUUCUUCUCUUCGCUCCAAAAAUAACUUUACCAGUCCAAAUAGACAUAUUCUAAAUAAUCACCUUUCAACAAAUGAACAGGAACAUAAUAAUCGUAGAAAUACAGCUUCUAAUUGUUCGGACUUUCCUGGACCGUCGGGUUUACAAUUCUCACCUCCAUCAUCAAGAAUAAAAAAAGUAGUUGACUCAUCUGAUACAUCAGAUGAUUCCUCAGGAAAUAAUUCAUGA